AACAUAUAAAUGGCAUCUACCAACAAACUGGUUAUAUAGGUUCAUUCAUGAAAGCCAGCUUCGCCCAGUGAUGACAUUACGACUUGAAUCAUAUUGUGACCUGCACCACAAUGGCAUUAGAACGUCUCGAAGAUUGGCCUCUUACUCCUGUAGCGGAGCGGUCCUCUAUCCAACCACCUACGCAGCAUGCGUCAGAAGAGGAGACACUCCCAAUGUCAAUAUCCAUUGAAUCGAUAGCCCCAUCUUCACCGAUAUCAGUAUACUCGCAUAUUAUGAGGGACCAACCGUCUCAUUUGAAUACGUCGUCAAACAGAAGCGCAGAUGAUCUUCCCGGGAAUCGUAACGAUACCCAUGACAACAGCCCUGUACUGCUUAACCAGGCUUCGCCUUCGUCUACACUGGUGGUGUCUAGCGACGAUACGGAAGGGCAGGGGACAAAGGUCGACUCUCGACUGCCUAUCAGACAGUCACUUAGCCUAUACGGGUGCUUAGUUAUCUUCGGAGGGUCUAUCUUAACUUUAGGCGUUAUGGCUUUCCUUAUUUUCCUUUGGGCAGUAGAGGGGCCUGCCGGUGGUGAAGCAGCGACACAUACAUGGCGCCAAAUCAUGCUUAACGAUUGGGCAACUAGAGCAGUCACCUUAUCUUCUUUGGUUCUACGCUCAGUCAUCGCAGCUCAAGCGACAGUGUGUACAUCCUUAGUCGCCGCACUUCUAAUAGAACGCCGCCAAGUCCGCUUAUCGCAGAUUACCCAAAUGUCCAUCGCCAGAAGCGUCAACGAUGGGCCUCAGCAACUCUUACGAGAUGUCAUCUCGUCGAGGUCUUCCAAGAUGGUGUUCAAUGCCGGGACUCUCCUUUUAACAGUUUUAGGCCUAGGAGCUCUAGGAAUCCAAUUCUCUUCAACGCUUCUCUUGCCGGAUUUCGAAACUGUUAUUCUUGUCCAAGAUUCAGAAACAGUUCGACAUAAUGUGGCCCUUACACCAGACAACCAGGACGCUGUAUCGGACAUCUUUGCGACGACGUGGCCUACCCUACAAGGUGAGACCGCAUUGUUUGGGGAAUUGGACUCGAAUAGCAUGGCGGAGCCCGAUGAACACGGUGUUUCGCAUAGUGGCCCCAGAUUACGAGCAUUUCUACCAUUUGAGAGCGAAGAGCGCACAAGGAUGAAGUCCUACAAGGGCCCGGCUUUCACAUUGAAGACGGAAGUUUCCUGUAUGAGGCCCUCGAUGGACGCACAAAUUCAAGUCCAUCCAUGGUCCCUCGACCUCCCAUAUGCGUCUUUAUCUGGCAAUAUCUUAUACAACCAAACAUUUAAAGACAACGGUAUAAAUCAUACAGUAGAUUGCUUCAAGGGUUACCGUGGGUGGGAUGACACGUGGGCUACUCUUUGCUUCCCGGAAGUUUUUAAUUGUACCAUGCCUUCGCAACCCGAUCCCGAUAUUGUUGGUUGGUCGGCUGCCAUCUGUCGACUAGAUGCUGUCGGGAUGGAUGAAGGAGAAGCCGACAUUGACUUCUGGCAGGACUCACCUGAUCUAUACGGGCCGACCUCAAUGAUCUUCCUAGCGUUUGCGACGAACGCGGAUAUAGCCGAUUACGACAUCAACAACACCCGUAAUGGACUCGGUGCACCAAUGCAAUCUGAGGAAUGGAACGGUUAUGAAUUAUAUCCUGGGCGUUUCUUAAACAUCAGCUUGUGCUUCUCGACCCUUAACACAACCGUCUCUAGUGUUGAUAUGGCCACAGGAUCCACAAACCUGUCGGAACCCCAGUUCAAAUGGAGCACAAACCGGAGUACAUCAAACAUAGCUACGCUACAGACCUUCAUGGGGGGAGACAACGUGCACAAGAGCCCGGAAGACAGGGGCAUUCUCGCCAUCAAGGACGUCCAGUACCCCAUACCUCCUCCCGCCUUUACCUCAGAGGUAAAUUCUACAUCGUCUAUAGAUGACACCUCAUUUAGCGAGUGGGCCUUGUGGCAUGGUCCGUCUGCGGCUAUCUGGGCAUGGGCCAGUAAUAAUGAAAGUCUAAUUGUGUGUACGUCCUGCCAGAGCAGGGGAUUUACAGCCUUGAAGGACGGAGCGGCGAUUUUCGAGCAGAUCGUGAAUACGAGUGACCGAGUCGCAGUAGCGAUCGAUACGUACAUCGCGAAGUUGGUUCAAAACUUCUAUUACCUUAUCCUUCCCCUUUUUGACGUACCUGGAAACAUUGAGGUCGUCUUUUCAACCGAAGCGCGCAUCCCCAAACAGUGGAACGGCUUGAUAGCGGUUCUUGUUAUGGCCUCCGUGGAUCUCGUAUGUGUUUGGGUGAUUACAGCUCUCUAUAUUAGGAACGUCCGAUAUACAAGGCAGGGAGAUUUCUGGCAUACAAUUUCGCAACUUAUGUCGGAACCCACACUAUCUAUUUUGAAACAGAGCAAUGAGCUAAGGGAUAGCGAGGUCUCGAAAUUGCUGAAAGUGAAUGACCCGUGGGUUAGUAUUGGUCGAUCUAUGGACACGGGCAAGGUGGAAGUUCUCCAAGUUCAUUAGUACGGUGUUAAGAAAAAAAAACACUAUACCAUCUGUCAUUCCCCUCAGCGAAUAUGAGCCAGGUAUCGUGGCAGCUUUGUGUUAAGACAUUCCUUCCUGAUGUUGAGCAAGAUUCCCUAGCCUAGAACAUAUAACAAUUUACCAUCCUGAGAUGUUAGAAUAAACACCAAGUAAUAGAUAUGUUCACGAAACUUACCUUCUAAAAAGCUCCUGGAUAUUUGACAAAGAGACUUAGGUACCAUAUGGACUCAG